GGUCUUCCAUGGUUUUGACCGUUCUUCGCUGAAUCCUGAAAAGGAAAAUAACACCAAGUCCCGGCUCAUCCGCAUCCAUGGCAGACGCAGUGGGUUCAACUCAAUCCGAUGGCCAGCGGCAGUUUAUCUGCGGUGUGAUCGAAGGGUUCUACGGCCGGCCGUGGACUACGGAGCAGCGCAAAGACCUCUUUCGAAAGCUCAAGUCGAUGGAGCUCCAUGGCUCCAGUCCGUCGUACAUGUAUGCCCCCAAGGAUGACUACAAGCAUCGCGCAUUCUGGCGGGAGUUGUACACGGUGGAGGAGGCGGAUCACCUGUCCAGUCUGAUUGCGGCGGCAAAGGAGGCGGGGAUCACCUUCUACUAUGCCCUCUCACCCGGCCUGGAUAUGACAUAUAGCAGUCCCAAGGAGAUAGCCACGCUGAAGCGCAAACUGGAUCAGGUUUCACAAUUUGGGUGCGAGGCCUACGCCCUAUUAUUCGACGACAUCGAGUCGGAGCUUUCGAAGGGUGAUAAGGAGGUCUUCCAGACGUUCGCCAAUGCACAGGUUUCGGUCACCAAUGAGAUAUACACGCAUCUGGGCGGCCCCAAGUUCCUGUUCUGCCCCACACAGUACUGCGCCUCGCGAGCUGUGCCCAAUGUCCAGGAGUCUGAGUACCUCAACACCCUGGGCUCGAAACUGAACAACGAGAUCGAUAUCCUCUGGACGGGGGACAAGGUAAUAUCAAAGACCAUAUCCAUUCAGUCAAUUCAGGAGAUUUCUGAAGUGCUGCGCCGUCCGCCGUGCAUCUGGGACAAUCUCCAUGCCAACGAUUACGAUCAAAAGCGCGUGUUUCUGGGGCCCUACACCGGCCGGUCGCCGGAGUUAAUACCACACCUGCGCGGUGUGAUGACCAAUCCCAACUGCGAGUUUUACGCCAACUUCAUAGCCAUCCACUCGCUGGCCUUUUGGUCACGCUGCAGAAUGGACUCGAAGAUGAACAGUUCAUUGAGUGCGGACAUUAAACUGGAGACUGAAAACGAGGACGAGCUGCCGGCAGAGUUCCUCUCGAAGAAUGUUUACCACCCAAGGGUUGCUCUAAAGAACGCCAUCACUGAGUGGCUGCCGGAAUUCUUCAUGGAGAAGGAGGCCUGGGGACCCAUAACCAAGCCGCAACCGCAAAUGGUCAUGCCCAUUAUUCCCAUUAUACCCUCGAUAAACACUUGCAUGAGUCUCACCACCACCACGACCACGUCCACGAAUACGAGAACUGUGCCGGAGGUGAACACCACCCAACUGCAGGCACUCGCUGAAGUCUGCACCGUGACCUCCUCGCUGACGCCCAUCUCCAAUCCCGUGAUGAACUCCUUGGUUUCGCCCACCAAAGUGGUCACGAAUGAGGAGAUAAUCAACCCCAUACCCACAACGGCUGCCUGCAAUAUUGAACUGCCCAAGAAGAUACCGAUCUCCAUUGUCCCAGUGCCCAUCAUGGAGGCAAAGAGUGUGGAGGCUUCGGUGAAACUGGGCCUGGACACCGAGGUGUUUGAGCCAACCGAAGGUGAACCGAAGAGCGAGCUAAAAGAGGAGAAGGAUGAGGAGCAGCGGAAGCUACUGGAGGCGGUGGCGGCGGUGGAGGAAGACCUAGUUGACAAGCUGGAACCGGUGGCCAGUCUCAAUGUGGACACCAUGCUGGAUGACAACAGCCUGAGUCCGCUGAGUGCCGGUGUCAACGAGCCAAUGGAGUGCAGCAGCAGCAUAGCCUCCCAGCUAUCGCCGAAGGAAGAGGCACCCAAACUGGUGGCCGACGAUGUGCUCAUGGAGUCGGUUAAUGAUGUGCAUAGCAUGCAUGUGGAGAGUGGCACUUCAUCGCCACUUUCGAAUGCGGAGAUGCGGGAGGAGAGCGAUGCUCCAUCGAUUCAGACGAACGAACAUGACUCGACCUUGAUAACAUCCGAAUCCAGGAUAACUGCUGAGGAUCUGAGCCUGCUGUGCGAUCUCUUUUACCUGCCCUUCGAGCACGGAAGCCGUGGCCUCAAACUGCUCUCCGAAUUCCACUGGCUGAAGGGCAACGCCAAUGUAAUACUACAGGACCGCUCCGCCGUUGGUGGCGAUGCUGACAAGAGCACCAAGCCGGAGGUCAGUGAGUGGCUGCUGCGUAGCGAGCACUUUGACGAGCUGUGCGCCAGCGUCCUGCAGCUGUUGAUCAAGAUCGCAAACUGCCAGAACAAGGAGAUCUGUCACGAACUGUACUCCUACGUGUGGGACAUAUCCGGCGCCCUGUCGCUCCUCAACUGCUACAUCAAGUGGCUGGCGCUGGGCCAGUUUCCGCAGAACAUGUCCUCCUAUACGGAGGGCAGCUAUACGUGGUUCAGUAAGGGCUGGAAGGAGGCCUUCAUGUCCGGCGACCAGGAGCCUUGGGUCUUUCGGGGCGGCCUAAUUGCUGACCUGCAGCGUCUGAUGCCCGUAGACUCGGGCAACGAUCUGUUUGUCUACAAGCUUCCUGAGAAACCCACGACCAACUAUUAUCUGCUGAGACCCUACUGCUCCGCCGACGAGGAAAAUGUCAGCGAGGUGUGCACCCGCACUUACCUCCAAUGGCAGCGGGAACUGGACGGAGGCGGCUACAUUCCCUUCCCGCUGCCUGACAGCGUGGCUAACAUCGUGGCGGACGGAAUGGUGGGCGCCUUUGUCACCCUCAGCCCGGAGCUGUGCAUCGUGGCCUACGACGAUAACAACUGCCUCGUGGGCUAUGCCUGCGCCGCUCUGGAUGUCAACAUAUUCCGGCGCAACCAGGAGCUGUGCUGGCAUACGGAGAUGCGUGACAAGUACCCCAAGGAGCUUAGCCUGCAGGAGUCGGAGACUGGCAAGGGUUUGGCCCAGCUUGUCGCCCGCUUUGUUGAGCAGUUUCAUCGCAGCAGCGGCAGUGAGGCUGUGGAGCAGUGUCCUGUAGAGGUAAGCGGCUCCUUUCCAGCCGUGCUCAGUGCCGGCACUUUCCGGGAGGCAGAAGAGCGCGAUUCGGGGAUCAGCAAGCGUCUGCUCACCGUUCUGCUGGCCGCUUUGCGGGCGAACGGAUGCUUUGGCGUUCAUGUCUGUAUCCCCGAGAGAGAGGUUGGCCAGGUGAACUUUUACACCAGGAUCGGUUUUGUGGACGUUUAUCGCGAGGAGGCCACCAAGUGCAUUUACAUGGGACGUCGCUUUUAGCCUUUACAUCCCUGACUCCGCUUUCAAUGUUCCUUCUCAACUUUUGUAUUCCGGUGAGCGAUGUGGCCUACCCACUCCGCUUCCUAUUCUCAUCUAGGUCUCGCGCCAGUGUCCUUUUUGUAUUCUUAUAAGGUAAAACGUGUGUUACAAUGACCCGAGUGUCUCUUCCCCUCUAGUAUUUGUCUUAAGCGUCGUUUUCUACGUGUGGAAAA